CAUGUUUGCGCUAGUGACCUCUUGCACGCAAGCGCCCGUCCAGAAGGUCUAUCCAUCGGCGCCUGGCGACUGCGCUCGAUCGCUGAUGCUGAUGCGGCCACCUGGUGUGGGACGACCCUACCGCGCUCAAUUGGACCAGCCACUGUUGUUCCCAUUGUCAACCGCAGAGCUACAAUGAAAAUCACAGCAUCGCACCAAGCUCCUAUUGCCCAUUACAUCACGGAGAGGGAGAGAUUGGCAAAGCGGGAAAGAGAAGCAGACGGAGGGACUGUCUGCAAUCAGGCACCUGAACCGGAUCCGGGACUGGGCCAAUUUAGGCUCGGCUCUUAACCUGCAGCCAAUUUAAGAAAGCAAGCCCGAGCAGAUUACGUAACCCCGGCCACCACCCUGGCAAGGGCAUGCAUCGCUCUGCACAGUCCCGGCAGAAGGGCGGGGCUUUAGAGCGUACUGUACAGUUGCCCCAGUUGCCCCCAGCGCACCACGGUCGCCGUUGGCGACAUGGAGGCUCGCUCGCUCGCAUGAUGGAAGUCGGACUCGGAGAUGGCGAGUUUCGACCUCGAGAACGAGCCCCGCUCAGCGGAACGCUUUUGCCAAGCACAGUCGCUGAUGUAUGAGCACUAACUCGCUCGCUUGUUCGCUCGCUGCCUCACUCACUCAUCGUCGUCCACCACCUGGAUGGCGGUCAACGAUCCUCCCUUGGCGUCGGGAGCUCGUCGUCCUGAAAAGGCUCAUCAAGACAUCUAUCUGUGUCGAGGCAGCAACGGCAGCGGCUCGCGAGCAUUCAGUGCAUAGUCGAUCGUCGGGCCAUGCCUAUGCCUAGUCGACAUGCUGCUCCCAAUCCGACGACGCAUCCCACAGCCUUCAUGCACCCGAAAGAGGACCCCGAGGCCAGAGUCAAGCAUCUGGUUACGCCUGGAGGAUUUGGGCUGGUCGCUGAGCCGACGGUGAUUUUGGAUUACCACUUCGGGCCGGUCAUGUCCGGCAAGGGAGACCAGAUCAAGCUGUUCGUCGUCUACUACGGGACGUUCUCGAAGAAGCAGAGGGCGACUCUGAACACCUUCUUCAAGUCGUUCUGGGCCGGCACGAGCCGCGACAAGAGGGCGACCGUGGGCAAGUGGUGGAAGAUCACCCGCAAUUACGUGGACUUGUACAACUCUCCCGUAGCUAAGAGCAUCGUCCUGGCUGGGGAGAUGUCGGACCGAUACUCUUUGGGCAAGGAUAUCACCCAGAACGACAUCCAGAGCCUCGUGAUCAAGUCCAUGAAGAAAUUCGGUGCCGACGCCCGCUCGCUGUACCUGGUUCUGACGUCCGACGACGUGCUGGUCGAGAGAUUCUGCAUGAGCGUCUGCGGCACCCACUUCUACACCUUCCCCUCGGACGCCACCAAGUCUCAGAUGGUGCCUUACGGAUGGGUCGGAAACCCGUCCAAGCAGUGCCCCGAAUUCUGCAGCUGGCCUUACGCCGCGGGAGGAUUCCAGACCAAGGCUCUCAUUGCACCCAACGGUGAUGCUGGAAUCGAUGGAAUGAUCAUCACCAUCGCCAACCUUCUUGCCGGUAUGGGAACGAAUCCUUACGGAAACGCUUUCUUCCAGGCUGAUGGACUCGAGGCUUCCGGCGUUUGCCAAGGAAUUUAUGGCAAGGGAGCCUUCCCUGGCUAUCCCGGAGAGUUGCAGGUCGAUAAUUCCACGGGCGCCAGCUACAACGUCGUCGGUGCUAAAAACAUGAAGUUCCUCGUGCCCUGGAUGUGGGAUCCUACGACCCUUCAAUGUACGGGCCAAGCUUAAGAAAAUUUAAAGUCAGCAGGAUUUCGGCCAGACAAUUUGGAUUGAUUCGUCUGCAGUAAUGUGAACUAUUUUUUGAAUCCUCAAUAAUCGAGUCUCGCUUCCGGUGUCCGAAGUUCGGGAGGAGGCUGCGAGUGAGUGAUUGGUCGACGAUGGAGAAUUCGAUUCUAAACCGGACCCCGAAACCACCCAUUUCGACGGCCAGAUGCACUCUCAGCAUGUCUGGUUCUUCAAAGGUCCAAUCAACUUUCGUGUUUUACCACACGGAGACUAAAUGUGCGCUCUGAGAACUGUCAGUCAGUCUUCUCUCUGCCUUAGCUGCUACUAUCAGGUUGAAAUUCGAGUAGAUGUUCAUUUCGAGAAAGCAGUUUGUACAUCCCGAGGAAACUUCUUCGUGACUUAGAAUUGCAUUUGUAUCGAAAUUAUUUGUACUUGUACAUAUUGGAAAUUGUCAUUCGGUG